AUGCAUGCAAUUGAUGCAUGCUCCAAAUGCGUCUGUGAAGGGCCGAGGCGCACGCACGACCAAAGAUUGCGUCCUCACCAAUUUAAACCUAUGUACCGGUACGGAUGGAAGAGUACAGGUACCGGUACCGCGAAAAGAGAUGAUGUACCGGUACCGCUGUUGUCAUUUUCUAAGCAAGUCACGUCUACACCCAGAACCGACCUUCAACAGUUGAACAACAGCACCACCCCAAACCUGCGCCACCUGCCGACUCAUUCCACCAUGCAACAACUUCAAGCACCCCCUACACACACCACCAAAGGGCACAUUUCACAAGCUAUGCCACUGGAAAUCGACACAGGAAACGAAUCAGAGCUCACCGACCUAUCGGAUCUAGAAGGAGCCGGCCCGCCCAUCAUCAGAUCCCAAAGCGCUCCUCCUGCAAAAAAAACGAAAGUUGUUGCUAGUUUAAAACCAUCUAAGACCAAGCGCCCUGGAAAGAAAGCCAAGCUUCGCACUCACGAGAUUUCCAAGCACUUAAGGCCCGAUAUCCCGGCUCAUGAAUUCCGUAGUGUGUAUCGGCGUCGUUCCAUGGUGGCUGACUAUCUCAAGGGUGUUUUUGAGACUGCCAGGGUCAUUCCUGUUGACUUUGACAUGGCGGUCGCGUUCUUCUUGCAACAAGUCAAUCAUCUCCAGCUUGGAGACAUUCCUAUAAGCGUCAACAAGGUCUUAGACAACUUCUCUCUUCUUGAACCCCUGAAUGGUCGGCAAGACAGCAUUCUUCAAUGUGCUUAUCACAUCAAACAAACGCUCAACGAGUACGCCACUUGUCCUUCCGGCCCGAAGCCUUUCGCACUCCGAUUUCCCAACCUCACUUCCCUGAACAACCUGGCCAUCCAGCGCUCCAUUUCGCCUGAAAUCGUAGGAGAAGGCGAAGCAGUUAUCUUUAUCGAUCUGGCCGGUCGAGUUGCAGCUGUUGGUGUCCCACCAAAGGAACCGAGCCAUCUUGCAAAGACGCUCAGUGGUUAUAAACGUGGUCGCAUUGCUUUCGAUGGCGCUGCUGAAGUCCACGAUCUCACCCCUUUCAUCGGCCCGAUGACGUUUGAAACGUUCACCCUCACGUCUCAUCCGCCUCGUCCAAAUGCACAGAGUCCAUUUCAGGUAUCUGAACAAGCUAGCAUUCUACUCAGUGGUGCGGAUAACAGGUUCAUAGAAGUCCCUGGUACGCUCAAUGGAGCUUUACCUUCGCAGGCCGUUGGGUACGGACGAUAUUCUAACCUAGCCACUGGCAUGUCAGACACGCAAUUGAGAUUGGGCGCAAAUCGCCAGGGGCAUCCUUUAUCUGGGUGGGAUAAAGCCGACAUCAGCCAUUACAACCUUCCUUACAUUAUUCAGAUGGGUAAGGAACACGCAUAUAAGCGUGAGGAUCACGCGCGUAUGGAUUCUGAGCUCCUAUGGUACCUUGAAAUGGGAAGGCUCAUCAUCAAAGCUUUCCAGCCCGAUUCUUACUCGGCUGCAAUGAGGGCGCUACGCGUGAUUGUCACCAAAGGAACGCCAGCUGCGGCUCGCGAAGUGAAGGAUCUGGUGAACCCUGUCGGUAUUGGCAGGCACACGAUGUUCGGACCCGGUUAUUCCGUUCAUGGUGCUUUCGACAUACUCAUGCAUGGAGUUGGACAAAUCACCCGACUCCCAAACCGCGGCGAUUGUCCACCUCAAAGGAUCUGCAUGGCAAUCUAUAGCCAUGCAGACGUUUUCGCUGGUGCUGCUCGAUUUUCUGGAAUGCACCAAAAUCCUAAGGUCUUCAGUGACCACAACCUUUGGAUCCCAUUUUAUCCAGCAGGUUUUUUGCUCUCACGAUCACUGACAAUAUUUGAAGACGAAAAAAAGCGCUUGAAAGAGAAAUAUCGAGAUGAGGUUCGAGUAUACCAGGCUGCAAAAGAGGCAGCGGAGGAGGCAGCAAAUAAGGCACAUGAAGCACGUGAGGCUGCAGGUGCAUUGAAUUUAGCUCACUCAUACCCAAAUCACCCUUUUUCCAAGCGUUCCUGCUAA